GCCGCUUCCUAUACAGUGCGUUAUGGACAGUUUAUCGGCUAAGUCCAGAGUAUAGACUUCACAAAUGAUAUAAAUACUGCAGCCUGCUUUAAGAUGGGCGUUCUCCGUGUGGUACAGAUUGUGUCCAGGGUCCUGGUGGCUCAUCCAGUGUGGAGUAGACCGGCUCCGUGUGUCUCUUAUCGCAGUUUCUCCGCGAAGCCGUUGGCCGGAGAGAGCACUGCGCUCGUGUACACAACACACGGGGAGCCUUCACAAGUCAUUAAGUUAGGGACCCUGCAGCUCCCUUCUCUGGGAGACAAAAGCGCCCUUGUGAAAAUGCUUGCUGCUCCCAUCAACCCCUCGGAUAUAAACAUGAUCCAAGGCACCUACGCAAUACUGCCCGAUCUUCCAGCGGUGGGUGGCAAUGAAGGAGUGGGCCAGGUUAUAGAAGUGGGUAGCAAGGUAAAAACUGUCAAAGUGGGCGACUGGGUGAUUCCAAGGGAUGCUGGUCUAGGUACAUGGCAGACGUUGGUGGUUUUGAGUGCCGAUGAUUUGGUGACACUGCCCAGUGACAUCCCUCUUCUUUCAGCAGCCACCCUGGGAGUCAACCCUUGCACUGCACUCAGAAUGCUCUCUGACUUUGAGGAACUAAAGCCAGGAGACACCGUAAUUCAAAAUGCAGCUAACAGUGGAGUUGGACAGGCUGUGAUCCAGAUAGCUGCAGCAAAGGGUGUUCAUACUAUCAACGUAGUUAGAGACAGGCCAGACCUGUCACAGCUGACUGACAGACUAAAAGUGAUGGGGGCCACUCAUGUGAUCAAAGAGGAGACCCUCAGAAGGCCAGAAAUGAAGGAACUUUUUAAGUUUUAUCCUCGACCUAAGCUGGCUCUGAAUGGAGUGGGAGGAAAAAGUGCCACAGAGUUGCUGCGUCAUUUACAAAGUGGAGGCACUAUGGUGACAUAUGGAGGAAUGGCCAAGCAGCCAAUCACAGUGCCUGUGAGUGCCCUAAUCUUCAAGGAUGUGAAAGUACGAGGCUUUUGGGUCACUCAGUGGAAAAGGAACCACGGGCAUAAUGACAAGGCCUUGUGUAGCAUGCUGGAUGAGCUUUGCACCCUAAUCCGUGCUGGAAAAUUGUCACCCCCAGCUUGCACUGAAGUCAGCAUAAAGGACUUCCACAAAGCUCUGGACAAUGCCAUGAAGCCAUACAUUUCUACCAAACAGGUUUUGGUCAUGUGAUUCCAUUGAAAAUCAUAUAUGUGGUAAUGUGAUAAAUUAUUUAUAAAAAAAAGGAGGGACAGAGAGUGAUAUUUGUCACAGUACAGUCACUUUAAACAAAAAAGUGCCGUAGCUUUGUUUCUGACAUCAAAGUCCAGUAAGUGUUAUCAAUUUGAGUAAUAAGCCUAAGACCCCUACUUGUUCUUUGAACCUUCAGAAACUUUAUUUAACAUCAACAUGCAGCACCAGGUUUAUGAACUGCUCAGAGACAGGAUAAAAGUUUGAGUCAUUGUUUUAUGAUGGCUGUCCAUAGAUAAAUGAUGUAAUUCAUAAUAACAAUAUUCUUGUCUGUUUUAUCACAACACUAAAGAAGAGGCAGUCAUGAUAAUGGGUUUAAAAAAUGUUUGGUCAUAAAACUUAAAACGUCAUUAUUGUGUUUGGGAUUUUU